GUUCAACAAAUACAUGGUUUUAAUAGCUUUUUUAUUUGUACUGUCCUUAAUGGAAACCAUAUAAUUUUCUAAUUCUUUCAAUACCACAGAAAAAAAAAGGUUUCUGAUUAGUAAAUUUACACCGAUGAAUAUGAAACUUCACUAAAAUAAUCAAAAGAUUAAUAAUAUAUGCUUCCCUUUCCAUACUCUUUUCAUAUUGUAAAAAAAACAAAUAUUACGUGUUACGUCAUCCCUGAAGUACUCUAUAUGGACGUGGUGUCCGUGACGUCACACCCGUAGAUUUCUGAAGAGCAUUUCUGAAGUGAAAAUGAGGCCGCUGCCAUCUUAGCAGCACGUCACCGCACGUCACUUUUCUAAAAUCAAAAUAAAACCGAACACCUCAAAACUGCAAUAAAUCAAGGUAAACACAACAGCCUUUUAAACAUCUACAAACAUCUCAGUUAAGCUCAAGUGCUCAAAAAGAGAAUAAGGAAAAGUUCUCUUCAAUAUAACGGAUACAUAAAAUAAUGCAAGUAAAAUUAAAGGGGUGCUACAGUGUUUUUUUUCUAGGCUUGAUUGUGUUUUUGGGGCGCAGUUUAACAUGUCGUAAUGCUUUUACGACAUGCUGUAUUUUUCAUAUAUUUUACCUUUAUUCUACACCUCUGUUUCCAUAGACCUUUUACGCACUUCCGCAUUUUUCGAACGGAAAUACAUCAAUGAAGUGUAGUAGAACUUCCUGUUAUCAUAGCGGCAGAUACGAAAAAUGGCAGAGUCGAAGAGUCGCAGUUUCUGUUGUGUUCCAGGCUGUUCGUCUUCCAACCAAAAACAGCCCUACCUUUCAUUUCAUUCUUUUCCUAUGGAUCCAAACCUGAAACCCAAAUGGAUACAGGCGAUCCGAAGAGAGGAAGGGCAUAGUUUUAAUGUAAAAACAGGUAGCACCUAUGUCUGCAGCCGGCACUUCGCUCCGGAUGAUUACAGUAGUGGCUGUGUCGUUCGUCGCCUAAAGAGUGGUGUUGUCCCGACCCUAUUCCCUUGGAACAACUUUACUGCUCCUUUGAGAAGGGAGUCAGUAUAUGACAGAACCUUCAAACGUCAGUCUGUACAGCUAUGCUGUGAAGAUAGCGACAUGGUGGCUAAGGCAGUAAGGAUGGAUCACGACUACGUGACACACCCACCUGCAGGUGCUCUGGAUGAGGCUUUGGAUUACAUCCAUGACUUAGAAGCCAAGUUGCAAAACACUGGUCUACCACCCCCUACUCUCUUCAGCCGAUACUGUUCGUCGGACGACCAAAUACGUUUCUACACCAAAUUUACAUCCGAGAGUGUUUUUACUAUUUUUUGGGAGUUGAUUGCACCAUCUGCACUUAGACUGGUGUACUGGACCAAAGCACAGAGGGCAGGUGAGGAAGGCUGCGAAGAUCCCAGCCCACCACGCAUCAUGCCAUUAAUAGAUGAGUUCUUGAUGUACUCCAUGCGGGUUGCUGUUGGCAUGAAGGAGCAGCUCAUUGGUGACAUGUUUAAUGUGAGCAUUGCCAGGGUUAGCAGGGUUACCAUCACCUGGGCCAAUUAUCUUUUUAUGAUGCUGAGCUCACUUCCCAUCUGGAUAAGCAGGGAAAAGGUUAAGUCCACUAUGCCCCUUAAAUUCCAGAGGUACUGUCCCAAUGUCAGAGUGAUACUGGACUGCACAGAAAUUGCCCUGGAGACAGCCUCAUCCCUGACCUUACAGUCAGAAACAUUUUCAAGUUACAAAAACAGGACGACAUUGAAAGGGCUAAUUGGAGUUGCUCCCAAUGGUUUGGUGACAUUCAUCUCACCCCUGUACACUGGGUGCAUCUCAGAUAAGGAGACCACCAGGAUCAGUGGAGUCCUUCCCUUGCUGGAGCCAGGAGACGAUGUCAUGGCGGACAAAGAGUUCCUCAUUCAAGACCUCCUUGCUGACGUUGAAUCUAAGCUCAUCAUUCCACCUUUUAAGCGUUCAGCUCAAUUCAGCAAGGAGGAAAUGGAACAAACCCAAGCCAUUGCCCGCCUCAGAAUUAUAGUAGAAAGAGUGAUCGGUAGGAUAAAGUCCUUUCACAUUGACAUUCGAACGGCUCGUUUGACUACCUGCUUCUAUGAAGCCACUCCCUCUGCAAUGUGCUCAGAUUGGUUAGCUGGCCCAGUGUAUCCAGAGCCAUUGUGAUUCGCUGAAGCGUCCGGAAACGCCACGCCCCUUACCAUUAGUUCUUACCGGUUACGUGGGCUUUGGUGGAAAUGUAAAUAAUGGCGUCUAUAUUGCUGUAUCAAAUUGUGCCCGAAUCAGACCCAGA